CUUGCAAAUCGGAUGGUGGUAUAACGUUCCAUAUUCAUUCUAUAGCCUGCAUGCAUGUGAGCAACCAACGUCCAAGCUACACAUGCAUACCCAGCGUACUUGUUUGCAUACCAUCCUUCAGUAUCCCAUCCAUUACCUCCCAUACCCCCUGUCACCUGCCAUGUCUUGUCUCCCGCAGAGGACGCAAUCACCUUUCCCUAAGCAGCCUCAUGAUCCAUUCCAGCAAGAUAGAGCGCGGAAAGCCCUUAUAGAAGCCUCGCUUUUUGAUCCAAAAAUUGGGUAUCAUGUCGUCUUCCCCUGCAGGAUGCUUCGGAAACCCGCGUGUUACACAACUCGACCUCGAUGAACACAGCCACCAUCCCAGCCGUUGCAUGCCGGUGAAGCAUCUACCGCAACAGUGUAACUCGUAAACCACGCAAUAGAAAUUGGUAA